CAUAAACAUGGCGAGCUUACACAGAUUCACGAAGGUCUUCUGCAAACGCGUUUCAAGAUGCUACAUUACAAUAUCAAAAUCUUAUUGCGCAUCCUCAGGCCAGAUGCAUACGGAUGACUUGUGGAAGGUGUAUCACAAAAGAAAACAACGACUGCAAGAGAAAUCCUUUGCUGCUGAUGUGAAUACGGAAGGUAUAUUUGCUAACAAUGAGAUCCACCUGGGAGACGUGGAGGUGUAUGGGUUUGACUACGACUACACACUGGCUCACUACACAACACAGCUGCACUAUUUGCUGUAUAAACUGGGACAGCAAGCCCUUGUCAACGACUACAAGUACCCAAACGAGAUUUCCAACUUCAAAUAUGACCCAGACUUUGCCAUUAGGGGGCUCCAUUAUGAUGUCAGACAGGGACUUCUCAUGAAGAUUGACUCAUUUCACAACAUACAGUUGGGAACUGUGUACAGGGGCAUGCAGGCCGUGUCUGAUGUGGAGGUGAAGGCCACCUACGAGGGGACGCAUGUCUCCCUGGAGAAGAUGAACACAUUCUAUGGAACAGUAUGUACAGCUUCCUCUAUCCUCAAAUCAGAUGCUGCUAGGGAACAGCCUGAAAUACGUGUGGGUCCCAUGCAUCAACUUGUGGAUCUGUUUGCCCUGCCUGAAGUAACUCUCAUAUCCAAUAUCACAGAGUAUUUUGUACAAAACAACAUCACGUAUGAUCCUGAGUAUGUGUUCUAUGAUGUGAGGAAUGCUGUCCAGGGUGUCCACUCCUCUGGGCUGCUCCAUCAGAAGAUCAUGGAGAACCUUGAAACAACCUUACAGAAGGGCAAUGAAACCAAGCUGUUGUUGGAGGGACUGUCUGGUGCUGGUAAAAAACUCUUCCUCAUCACCAACAGUGGCUUCCCCUUCAUACAUGCUGGCAUGUCGUACAUGAUUGGACCAGACUGGCAGGACCUGUUUGAUGUCAUUAUCACAAAUGCUAGAAAGCCAAAGUUUUUCAAUGAAGCUUCUCGGCCAUUCCGCACCUACGAUCCAGCCUUGUUCAGCCAAUCCUGGGACCGGGUUCAGACACUGGAGAAAGGCAAAGUUUAUCAACAGGGCAACUUCUACCUCCUGACACAGAUGACCGGCUGGUACGGCUCAAGGGUUCUGUACUUUGGUGACCAUGUGUACAGUGAUCUUGCUGAUCCCUCACUACGCCAUGGCUGGAGAACUGGUGCUAUCAUUCCUGAGCUGGAGGCUGAGAUUGAACAGCAGAACGACCCUGCAUACAAGUCAGCUGUGAGGUGGCUGGUAUCUCUACAACAACUCAUAGAAAAACAUCAGUGUCAGGACAGCCCUGAACAGAGAGAAGUGAUACAGGCAUGGCUGAAAGAGAGAGAUGAUCUCAGAAACUACACAAAAGGGGUGUUCAAUCCACGGUUUGGCAGUCUGUUUCGGACAUACCACAAUCCAACUUACUUCACUCGACGACUGGCCCGGUUUGCUGACAUGUACAUGUCGAGUCUGACAAACCUGCUCCACUACUCAGUGGACCACUCCUUCUACCCACACCGAGUGCUGCUGCCACACGAACCAGGCCCCUUCUCCAAGUACUGAGUGGAAACAGUACACUGAAAUAAGCAUGUACUAUCAUGGAUCAGACACAUUGGUAAUUCAGUAUUAAAGUCCUCUUGGAAGUAAUGGCCAAGUAAAAGAGCACAUUGACCUUAUUAGUGACGUGGAAGCAUUGAUGGUCUACUGCAUGAGUAUAUAGGCCUACUUAUGUCAUUGAAACAUUUCACUAGACGCACCUGGGGACAAUACUGGCAUUAAAGCAUUUAUACUUAACUAGUGCUCGGACCUAAUAUUGACAUUGAAGUAUUCAAUAGACUAAUACCUGGACCUGGGUCUGACAUUGAAGUAUUGAUGGUCAAUUGCACUGGUACCUGGCCCUAGUACUGACAUUGAAGCAUUGAUGGUAUACUCCAUUAGUACCUGGCCCUAAUACUGACAUUGAAGCAUUGAUGGUAUACUCCGUUAGUACCUAGCCCUAAUACUGACAUUGAAGCAUUGAUGGUGUACUGCGUUAGUAUCACAAUAUUUCAACGAAUCCUCUGAAAGGCUGCCCUUUUUUCUCCGCAAAAGAUGCAAUACUUUUGCCAAGAUAUGUACUUCUCUGACAAUAUGUGUAAUAUAUUUACCUAUCCUAAUCAGUGGCGGAUCAUAAGUGUUGACCAGUUAACCAUCAGUUGUAUGAAUCUCAUUAUUAGAUGGCAAAUGUGAUAUCUUGCACCCUGUUCAUUAUGGUAGCUUGUAGAACAUUUAGGUAAAAAAGGACUCGUGGUUGUUGUUUAUCGUACAAUAAAACACUGCAAAUCAUGGUUUAUUCUCCCUGCAGUAUUUUAUUGAAAGCUAAACAAUGACAAUGACUCGUUUAUUUCUUAUAUGAGAUAUCAACAUUAUGUACGGCCUGUUUAAGAAUGAUGAUAAAAUGUACGAGCUUUAAAAAUAUUUACCCGUAUUUACAUAAUGAUGACUCCCUCAAUAGAAGGUCCAUUUUAUGGGUAUUUCCCACAUAUUCUCACUAUCCUCACGUCGAUUAUCUGUACCUUUUCUCCAAAUAACAAUUACCAUAUCUCUCCUGUUUUGGGAUAUGAUCGUUGGGUCAUCGCGUUAAUCUGUGUUGCCCAGCUACAUCUUUGGGAAACAACUCACUAGACACUCCCCUCUCAAACAUAGCGUUGUCAUAUAUACGAUGUCUUCAAGUUGUGAGCGCAUGUUCGAAUCUCGAGAUAUGAGGUCAUGAUAGAACAAUGUUUUAUCGUGAAAUAAGCAAGGCUUCAUUCUUCACUAUUCUUUGCAGUUAUCGCGUAGCUAACUUAUAUUUGCCAAUAAAUCUCUGACAGGGCAUAUUCAUAUUGACCCUCAUAACAAACAUUAUCAAGCUUCAUGAACAAAUUGAUUUCCUAAAGUUCAUGGUUUCCACUUAUGCAUAAAUGUCUAUUACUGACUGUGGCUAGAAGACUGUUGCCGGCACAUUGUGCCAGUGAUGUUUGGGAGACGUCACACAGCAUUGUUUACCAAGGCACAGGUUGCUCUCCACCCUAUCCUUACCUUUAAGUGGGCAUGGGUGGCCCAGUCAUCUUAUUAUAAGGCGCCGCUAUUGGCUGUGCAGAGCUGCAUCCCUUAGGCACACCAGAAACCUAUGAUUAUGGGUUUGAAUCCUGGUUUCCCCGAUUAUGUUUCUGGGUUUGUCAGCACCAUACCCAUGCUCGUGGGUUUCACCGAAGUGGUAAACGUCUGAGACCUGUAUCACCUCGGGCUUUCCUCCCACAUUAAUCUGACACACUGCGAUAGUGCUGUUGAAAGCGGCAGUAAACCCAACUCACCCACACACUUACCUUUUGGUAAUAUGUGUGGAAAAUAGAAGAUUAAGUAAAAAUAACAAUAUUGUAUGUAUGUUAAUAUCAAAUUCUGAUUUUGACUACAUUUGAUAUCAGAAUCUGUCUUACACAUGGUAUCUUCUAUGUAUUCUCCUUGGGAGAAGUGGGCACUAUGUUGGUAUCCUUGAUGUAUAUCAUAUGGGGCUCUAUGACUUGAAAGUAUAAUUCUCCACAUACUGUUCCUUAAGGGGAAUGUUAGUUGCAAGAUAAUGUUCUGAUGACAGAAUUAGUGUUAUUUAGUGUUGUUUGUUAAACAAUAACAGUCAUGAUCAUCGUUGUUUUUAAAGAAGAUGUUAGUCAUUAAAUCAAUUUGAUGUGUUAGAUAAUAUAUGUGAUACUAAAACAGAUACGUUUCGAACACUGUGUGUGGUAGCACGUGUUGAUAAUACACUGGAUGUGCUCAUCAGCAAAGGAUGCAGAGUGCAUCACAGUAUCAUGAUUCACAGUCAGUAUCCUCGGCAUCAGUUAAUACAAGGUAUAACUUUAGUUGAGGUAUUAUGAGUUGUUUUCUUUUAAGAACAGACAUCCCCAUUGUUCUACUGUUAAAAUGAUGACCAGUCCAUGUGUAGGUAUUAAGACUGUUAUAUAGAUCCCUAACCUACUCAACAUUCAUGUAUAUAUGCAUUAGCCCUUCGAGUAAACCACUGCCAUUUCACACGUGGAGCACCUUAAUCACGUCAAUAACGUUUUGAAUCUUGUAUAUUUUUUUUUUUUUCAGAAAUGCAUUUUAUUUUAUGAGAUCAUCAGAAAUCAAAUGCAAUAAUAUGAGUCAACACAACUUUAUAUUUGUUAGAUUACUUGGUUUAUGGAUGACAAAACAAUUCAACUUUUCUCAAAAACAUUAAUUGAAAAUCGAAAGUUUUAGCACUUUACACUAUUUGCCUACUUUGAUGCUUCCUUUGCUCAUCCCUGCCCUGUUAAAAUCGGGUUAUAAGCAAUAAAUUGGCUGUACCUCACGCUUAUCCUAACAAACAGCUAAAAUGGUUAUAAGUCUCGUUGACUUCGUGCCUGACUGGUUUGGAUCCUUGAACAUACUUGGGUCUCUGGUUUGCAUGGCCGAAACUAGAUAACAAUAACCCACAACUUAAGGCAUGUUUAUUUCUUGCUGUGGAGGUAAACAAGAUUUACUCACUCACAUUCAGUACUGGAAGUAGUUGGCAAAUAAAUCAGUAAGGAAAACGACCUGAGAAGAUCUCGUUUAGAAAUGGUCUUCAGGAACUUAGCGACUUAGAGAUUCAGGUGGUCAUGCUCACUGACUUGGUUGAUGCAUGUCAUCAUAUCCCAAUUGCGUAGAUCAAUGCUCAUGAGGUCUGUACCUCGAUUGUCUGGUCCAUACUUGAUUAUUUACAGCUGGGAUAUUGCUGAGUGCGGCGUGAAACAAACAAACAAACAAAUAAAAACUGCUGUUAUUUCAGAUUAUUAUUUAUUUCUCUGUGAAAGCCCAGCCAUUAAAAAUACCAUUUUGCUCUAACAAACUAUGAAUUGUAUUAAGUCUGUGAUAUGUUUUAGAAAAAUUCGAUUUAUGUGUGUUUGUUUGAAGACUGUCGAGCUGAUUUUUAAAUUGGUUUGGAUAAGUUAAAUUGUAGUUUAGCCUUCUUUUUAAGCAACGUUUUUGUUGCCAUUUGUUAUUAUGUCAGCAAAAAAUUAUUUAUGCAUAUGCUGGUACUUCAUGCAUUGCAGUUUGUUUUAUUGUAGGAUGAUUGUUGUGGUUAAUCUAGAUCUAUUGUUAAUUAUAUGUAUUUUAGUAUGAAAUAAAAAAGUUACAGACUG